AUGAUCGGUGAGAAUUCUAUCCAUCCACAAAUAUCUGUGUGGAAAAACUCACAACAUAACAGUUCUGAGACUAAAGAUGCAUUCAGUGGACCUAAAGCAAACACAGCUUCAUCCACUAGAAGUUUUCAUGCAAAGAACGAUCAAGGAAUAGGUUCGAGAUUAUUACGGAAUGCAAUGCAGUGUUCUCGAAAUAUACCAGGAUUUCUCGGAGGACUACUGCCUGGUAUGCUAUUGGGUGGUGUAGCUUUCGCCGUUGUACUUACUUUAUAUUUAACAUCAAAUCAAGGAACAACAGAAGUAACAGCGAGCACCAGCACUGCAUCAGUGACAAUGACAAUGACAGCAACAGCAACAGCAACAGCAACAACAACCACUACCAUCUCAACGACAACAACUACUAGUGUCACAACAACCUCUACGUCAACAACCACAAGUUUGGAAUGCUCGUCAGCUGGACUUGGUAAGAUAACAAGUCGACCGUCAGACAAUACAAGUCCAUGGACUGGUUAUUCAUUCAAUUAUACAGUGACCUUUCCAGCAACCUUCAUUCAAUUUUCAAUUCAGACAGGAUCUUUACGUUGGUAUUACUUAGACGAUGUAUCUGUAGUUGACAUGACUGUAGCAUCCGGUGAAUUGCUUAAUAAUCCUAGUUUUGAAAAUUCAACAACAGGUUUGACUGGCUGGACUGUUUUAUGCAACUCCACCUGUACUACGGGAAACAAUACUGGUGCAAGGGUAGCAACUGGCGCUAGCUGCUAUCUAUCGACUGGAAACUGCUACAGUGAUAAUUGUUUCGGUUCGGGACAAAUUAAUUUUCUAAGACAAUAUUUGACGUUCAAAGUUGGUCACACAUAUAGUAUUUCAUACUAUUUAACCGGAGUAGGUGGUAUUGCGAAUCCAAACCAACAGUUCUACCUUGAUAUCAUGUAG